CGCGGUUAGUCGUCACCGCGAUCGACACACACGAGCAACGAUAUCGAAUCCGGCCAAUCUCUACCCAUCUGUUAACACCACCGACGAUGCAAUGGCCAGCUUCAAUUCCAUACCACAGCUCCCCAAUGGCGCACCAGUCGAUACUGCCGACGCCCUCGGGCUGAGCGCCGCCGGUCAACCCAUGGGCAUGGGCAUGGGAAUGGGCAUGGGCGAUCCCUUUGGCUUUGAAGAAGCGCUUCUUGAUGUCAACGCCGACCUCCACGCCGGAAUCCCCUUCACCCCCUCCGCCUACGACUUCGACAACUUCACCUUCGAAGACCCCUUCUCCGCGACAACAUCCUUCCCUCCCCUACCCGCGCACUCGCAAGGGCACAGCCACAUCCACAUCCAGGGCCAUGGCCACACACCAUAUAACCUCCCAUCCGUCGGCGGGGGUCCCAUCGUCGGCGCCGUCGCCGCCGAAGCCGAAGCCGCCCUCAAAAUAACCACCAACGAAGUCGACUCGCCCUCCGACCUGCUCGACAACAAGCUGCUCGGCUUCAGCCCGCCCAUCCCCUCCGGGCAAGCGACCCUGGUCGACUCUGAAACGGGGCGGUUCGCCGACUUGAACAUGACCGCCGAGCUAUACGGCAUGUUUUUUGUUGCUGAGGACGUGUUUGCCAGUAACACGCCCGUUAGUGACCAAGGACAGGGACUGGGGCAGGGACAGGCACAGGCACAGGCACAGCACCCCGGUGCGAGGCCGUUGGAGUUGACCUGUUAUCGGAGGAAUCUCUGGCAAUGUACAGGGCAAAUUACGUUGCCCAGACAUGCGUUGCAUUGCUCGCUUUUGCUAGAUGGCAACGAGCAGCAGGUUGGUGGCAAUGGGGCAGCAGGGAGACAGGUGCGGAUCAAAGAGCUGUGGGCGUCCAUCACGGCUAUGGAGAGUAUCGAGGGGAAGCCGACGGAGAUUAUCAGCAUUCCGUGGAAGAGUAAUAAUCCCGCUUUUGCCGCCGCAGGGGGAGGGGGACAACAACAAGGACAGCAGCCAGAAGAAUCGUCAAGGACAGCGACCACACCACCAAAGCAGUUACUCGACUUAUCCGCCGGACAAGAAAUCGAUAAAAGCGGGAACAGAGUGUCGAUACCCGUGUCGUGGAAGCGGUUGCAAUUUAAGCAUGCCACAGCGAACAAUGGACGGAGAAAGGGGUUGCAGCAGCAUUAUGUGGUGCAAAUCAACUUGUUGGCCAAGACCGCUGAGUCAGGGGACAAGCUGAUCAAGUUGGCGGAGAUCCAAUCCGGCCCGGUGAUUGUGAGGGGGAGGAGUCCGAGGAAUUUUGACAGUAGGAGGGAUGUGCCGUUGACGGGCGAUCGGAAGGGCAUGUUGCAACGGACAAAUACGGAGGGGUCUGGUGGUGUUGGUGCUGGUGCUGACUGGUCAUCCUCAACCGGCGGGCCCACCCCCCAACCCUUCAGCACCUCACCCAACCUCCAUCAACAACAACACCCCAACAAGAAACUCGCCAUGUCCUCUAACUCUCCGGGAUCUUCUUCUCGACCACCAAUACCAUCAUGGGGAUCCUUAUCCACGGACGUCGCCAACAAUCACAACAGCGGCUCACGAAGGAACCCCACGCCCUUAGCUGCCCCAAACAGAACCAGUCAUCACAGAAAUGCCUCCUCCUCUGCAGGUGCCCUGCCAAUUAGUUUGUCCCUGUCGGAAGACGAGCAGAGGAGUCCGCCUAUGAAUAGGAUUACUACUCCUGGCUCGGCAGGGGCAGGGGCAGGGGCAGGGGAUAGUCCGCUCUAUGGCAAGAUGGGUGUUGCUACUGGUGGCAUGAAGAGGGAUACAGCUGGGAAAGGGAUGGGUUUUGGCUCCGGAUCGGGACGACUUACUACUCACUCCUCCAACAACAAGGGUGAAAGCCACUUUGAAAGUCUUGGGGGGCAGAAUCAGUACCAAAAAGAGAAUGUGGGAAGUCCGAUUGAGGCAGCGGACCUUUUGUAUGAGUACUUCCCGUUGAGUUUGGAUGAUUGGAUGCCACCAGUAGACGCAGUCUACCGCCCCCACGUCGUACACCACACCAUCGUCCCGCCCGAAAUCAAGGCGCAACAAACGAAUAGCAGGACAAAACGGUAUUUUGCUGCUGAGUGA